AAACAUUCUAGUGUGUAAUCUCCUCUGUAGAGGUUCUUUGGUUAAGCUUGAUUGUCUCUGUGUGUAUGUUAAGGUGGGUCAGUAUGUCCACGGAUGGUCCGGGCAGCUCCAGCUUCCCGGUUCUGGUGGGCGCGCGGGACGCUGUGAUCCAGGCUGGGCGCGUGGUGAGGAGCGUGAACGGGAGAGAUGUGCUCGUGCUGCAUCACCAGGGGUCGCUGCACGCGCUGGACCUGCACUGUUACCACUCCGGGGGUCCGCUGCAGUGUGGAGACAUAGAAGAAUUUGACGGGCGGCUGUGUAUCGUGUGUCCAUGGCAUAAGUACAAGAUCACUCUGGCUGAGGGUGAGGGUCUGUAUCAGGCUGUGGACCCCUCGAUUAGACCCUUAAGGCCAGUCUGGUCCUCUAAGGGGGUCAAGCAGAGGGUUCACCGGGUCACAGAGGUUGACGGAGAAGUUUUCGUUACGUUGAAUGACUCUGACGGCACAGUGGAGUCGGAUCGGUAUCAGACGGAGGAAUACAGAGCCAAGGUCCUGAAGUUGCGGGCCAAGGACGAGAAAUGACAUCACAGGAUGUGGAUGGACUGACUAGCUCGGGACAUGACCAUCUCCUCCAUUGGAAUUCUGGGGCACACUGGAGUCCAGUGUCCGGUGGGUACUCUGGGAGGGGUUAGGACGGCACCCUUUCUGCAGUCUGUUUACAUCAAGCACAGAAGAACACUGUGGUUCAGCUGCUGCCUUUUUGAUUGGCACCUCUCCAUGUUUGUGACAUCUCAGUAAAAUCACACACAUUCUCACCCACACACAAAAGCACUGUACACAUUGGAUCAAUACUCUUUUGUUAGUUCUAGUUAUUAACUGCCAUGCAAAGUCCAAGGUGUACUGAUAUGCCACAAGUCAUGGUCAGAAACUAGAUUUGGGUCCCAAGACUUUUGUAAUGUUCCAAAGAAAGGUGCCUAAAGAGCUAAAGAACAUAGGACCUCCUACAUUAAAUAGGAAGGCAAUUUUGGCCAGCUGAUUGGAUGGACAAUUCUAGCUAGCCAGCUAGGUCAUGAUCAUUACCAUCCACUGGCCCAUCCAUCAGGCAUCACUAUCAGACCUCACUCAAACCCUGAUAAUUUAUGUUGUCUUACCAUGAGCAUUGUAAAGAGUGUUUAGCCUCACUCACAAGACAACACCUCAUAACGUAUGCAGAUGUGGAUGUUCCCAAGCCAUUCUCUAAGGUAACCCUCAGUGCAGUGAUCAGUUUUCUAAAAUUAUGCCCAAAUUAACCUAUGACUUCAUAUUGGUUAUUUAGCUUGUAAUGGCUGGUCUGAAAAUAAGUCAGUAUUUUUGGUAACUAACUGAAAAUAAUUUUCAGUUUCACUGUUUUCAUUGUUUACUGUGAUUUACUGAUAAUUUCAAAACCUCUUAGUGGAAUUCAGGGAAAAUAUGAAAUGCAGAACUAUUAUAAUAAACACUUACUUUAAAAUCUACCUCCUAAUAAAUGGCCAGUCUUGUUUCUCGACUCUGAAUUUACUGAUGUGUGUUUCAUGACUUAUGAAAGAAAAAAUAAACAAAAGAAGUAUGCUAAA